AUGAGAAGGUAUGAUGGAUAAAAUGAGAGAUAAAAGGAAAUAAAAUUAAGUGACAAUUAAAAAUUUUUAAGUUUUUCUUUGGAAGCUCCUUCAAAGUAGUUAAAAUUUAUGCCUAAUACUUAUCCAGGAUUGCCAUCCUAUUAUCAAACACCUUAUGAGGAUUAUUUAAGAUGUUAUAAAUAAAAAGAUGAAACAAUCGAAAUUUAAGACUUAAUUAAUUAAAACGAAGAAAAGCAUGAUAUGAAUACUUUUCUAUAGAGCUUUAGAUUAAAGAAUGGACCAAAAAAGGGAAUGGGAGUAGGAAUCAGCAGAUAAAUGUUUUCUGGAUUAUCAAUAAUAAAACCUGGAAAUCUCUCAAGCAAUUAAGAUUUGAUUAAUGGAACGUUGAGAAGUAUGAACGGAGGAGAGUUAAGUAGCAUUGCUCAUGAUGGACCAUAGAAUCAAAGUUUGAUAAGAGUGGAGGAGAAUAUUUUGAAUAUUUUCAACAUGAAAGAAGAAGUUGAUAAAAUUUAUAAAAAACUCAUUAAUUGA